CAAACGAAAGCAGAUUGCCAGUCACUGAGACAGCUAUUGUGCUGGCAGUAACCAUGUCUUUGAGUCAUCAGUAGGAUCCAUCGUUCAUGUGAAUGUAAAUUCGGAUAAAGUGUUCAAUUACGGACAUCAAAUAGCGACAGAAUCGGAGAAAAAGAACGGAUUAAUCAUGUGUGAGAUAUUUGUUUAACACGGUUGGCCUUCAAGGGAGAUAACUCUUCAUUGGUGGGGAAUGACCCACCAUGAUGACAUCAUGUCAUCCAACAAAGAAAAAGGAAGACAAACAAAGUCCCGUUACUACAACAUGACAUAUCACUCAUGUCAGCCUGGGAACCAGAUCAGAUCCACUAGAGAUGGUGGGGACAGCCAGCCACUACCUACAUGGAAAACCUACUUAUACACACUCCAGUUACAAGCACCCAAACCAAGACGGAUUAUUUGUCAGUACGAGGUACCAAACAAACCACAGUUUUAUGGAAAAGAGUACCAUGGUAACGUGACCCGAGACGAAGCUGAGCGUCUGUUGUGUGAGGGAGAUGGAUGUUAUCUAGUACGGAAAAGUGACCGAGCACCAGAUGCAUUCACACUUGCAAUAAGAUUUGAAGGUCAGACCAAGAACUUUAAGUUGUACUAUGAUGGAAUGCACUAUGUGGGUGAGAAAAGAUUUGAUACUGUACAUGACUUAGUGGCAGAUGGACUGAUCCACUUUUAUGUGGAAGCAAAAGCUGCCGAUUAUAUUGCAUCACUGUCAAACGAGUCAAACUAUGCAGAAUCACCAUAUUUAGCGUACAGUGCAAAAAAGAAACGACUGCAGCGCUCCCAGAAAUCAGUGGUUACCAGAAAAAUAGAACAUACAGAUUCAGGAAAUGCAAAUGUUGAUGGACCAAAUCGGCUUAGUAAUGGGUCUAAUGGGACAUCCGUUCAAGCUCAAGGGCAAGUUUUAGAAGAUGAUGAUGAUGAUAUACUGGCCAAUGUCCAUGAAUUUGAAAAGGCACAUAAUUUCAAGACCCAAAACUUCAUGGGACUACAUUGGUGUGACUACUGUGCUAACUUCAUGUGGGGUCUCAUAGCUCAAGGGGUCAAAUGUCAAGAUUGUGGGUUUGAAGCUCACAAAAAGUGUUCGGAGAAGGUCCCCAAUGACUGCAUGCCAGACAUUAAGUUUGUGAAGAACCUAUACGGAGCUGAUCUGACCACUGUGGUCAAGGCAAGAAACACUCCCAUCCCUGUGGUCGUGGAGAAAUGUAUCAAAGAGAUUGAGUCAAGAGGACUGGAUUCAGAGGGACUGUACAGGAUCGCUGGCUUACAUGACGAGGUUGAAGGCAUAAGAAUGGCAUUUGAUAAAGAUGGAGAGAAUACAGACAUCAGUGUAAAUAAGUAUGAUGACAUCAACAGUAUCACCAGCGUCCUGAAACUCUACUUCAGGCUGCUUCCUAUACCACUUCUCACGUUCGACGCUUAUAAAUUUAUUAUUGACGUCAUCAAGCGAGAUGACGUUCGAUCACGGGAGUUAAUCAUCAAACUGAAGGAGGGACUGUCCAUACUACCGCCUGCCCACUACCAGACACUUAAAUACCUCUUAGCACAUCUUAUCCGAGUAACGGAGAAGAAAUCCAAGAACAUGAUGGGAUCGGACAACUUGGCUAUAGUGUUUGCUCCAACCUUGAUGCGUAGUCCCGACACCAACCCCAUGAUAAGUCUUAUGGCUGCCCAAUUUGAACAAAAAUGUGUGGAACUGUUGCUGGUUCAUUAUCGGGAACUAUUUUCCAGGAUGAGCACACAAAUCAGUGUGGACAUACCAAGAGUUGACCCUUCACGUUUGGUAGACCAUGUGUGAUGAACAGCACUCAAAGAGCUUGAAAUUGUUUAUUAUUGCAAAACGUUUAUAUGACUCAGAAGAUUUUUUUUUUAACAGAGCAAAAGUUUAUGUGAUGCAGAUGAUUUUUUCUUUGAAUGUGAAGGUAUGAUCAUACUACCUACCUGGUAUAUGGUGAAAGUCUAUUUAUUAUAGUCAAUGUUUAUCAGUCUUUUUCAGAAUUACCUACAUUACAUACAUAUUUGAUUAGAAGUGGUAGUUUAUACAUAGUAUGACCUCAUUAGUAAUUUUACAGUUAAUGUAAGUGUACAGUAAUUAUUAUCUGUAGUAAUUCUCCUGUGAUUAAACAGCUUAACGUGUUUGCUUUCUCAGCUGCUUGAAUGUAUGGCUGUAUUAUGAUGAAAGCCAAACAAUUCCACGAAUAAAAGUUUCUGCAUUA